AUGUAUUUCAAACACCACCCAGCACGAAUGAUUGUCCCUGAAUCGCAUCGAAAUGUGUGGACAAACUGGGGACCGCCUCUGGUAGAGAACUUCUCGAAGUCCCACGGGGCAGGAAGGCAGCAGUUACAUAUACUGAACAAAGUGAUUCACGAGGUUCGCAAUCUUGUCAUCAGUCAAGCCCUUGGACAAUCCUCGGUUGGUCAGAGACGUCCUGAUACAAAAACAGAAAUUACAGAUCUCCACUCCCUCGGCUACACCCCAGCACCUAUCAACGUUUCGGAAAAGAGUUCAAUGGUUAUGAGCGAAGAUACCCCCAUUGAAAAACAGAAUCAACAAUCAAAAAAUCAAGCCAGAGGACCAUCGAUUAGCCCUGGAUUAUUGACUCAUAACAACGAAGAAUCGGAUGGUGAGGGCGGAGGCGUUUUCAUUCAGGCCUGGAUGCAUUGA